CGGGGCGGCGGUUGCCAAGGCGCCCUGGCAACGGCGCCUAAAAUGGCGGCGGGGAAGGGAUCGUAACGGCGUGGGCCUCCAUCUCCCGGCCUCGGGCGGGGGCCGCGGUGCCGGCCCCCAGUGAAGAAGAAUGUCCUUGUUUAAAGCUCGAGACUGGUGGUCCACAACACUUGGAGAAAAGGAAGAAUUUGAUCAAGGCUGUCUGUGUGUUGCUGAUGUUGAUAACAGUGGCCAAGAUAAAAUUAUUGUGGGCAGUUACAUGGGUUAUCUCCGAAUCUUUCAUCCACAUCCUGUGAAACCUGGGGAUGACGUGCAAGCUGAAGACUUGCUCUUGGAAGUGCAGUUACAAGAACCAAUACUGCAGGUGGAAGUGGGAAAAUUUGUUUCUGGUACUGAAGGACUUCAUCUGGCUGUGUUGCACUGCCGAAAACUCUGUGUAUAUGCUGUUUCAGGAACUCAGGGGAAUGUGGAACAUGGGAACCAGUAUCAGAUUAAACUGAUGUAUGAACAUAAUCUUCAGAGAACUGCUUGCAAUAUGACUUAUGGACCAUUUGGUGGUGUAAAAGGUCGAGAUUUGAUAUGCAUACAGUCCAUGGAUGGGAUGCUAAUGUUAUUUGAACAGGAAAGCUAUGCUUUUGGGCGUUUUUUACCUGGUUUUCUUCUGCCUGGUCCAUUGACUUACAGCUCUCGGACAGAUUCUUUCAUUACGGUGUCUUCCUGUCAACAGGUUGAGAGUUACAAAUAUCAAGUGCUGGUAUUUGCAACAGAUGCUGAGGCAAGACAAGAAACAGUACAGCAAAAACUUAGUUCUGGAAAAAGGCUUGUGGUGGAUUGGGUUCUAAACAUUGGAGAGCAAGCACUGGAUAUAUGCAUUGUCUCCUUUAAUCAGGCGGUUUCCUCUGUUUUUGUGCUUGGUGAGAGAAACCUCUUCUGCCUUAAGGAUAAUGGACAACUUCGAUUCAUGAAAAAGCUUGAUUACAGUCCAAGUUGCUUCAUUCCUUAUUGUUCAGUGAAAGAAGGAACAAUAAACACUCUAGUUGGAAACCAUAGUAAUGUGUUGAAUAUUUAUCAGGAUGUUACACUGAAAUGGGCUGCUCAGCUUCCCCAUGUUCCUGUAUCAGUAAAAGUAGCAAACAUACAGAAUCUGAAGGGUGUUAUAGUUACUCUGAGUGAAAAUGGACAUCUGCAGUGUUCCUACCUUGGAACUGAUCCUUCAUUCUUCCAGGCUCCUAGAGUUGAUUCUAAGGAAGUAAACUAUGAAGAAUUCAAUGCUGAAAUGAAAGAGCUUCAGAAAAUCAUCAGGGAAGCUAUGAAGACACAAGAUAUUUUACCCCAAUCUGAAAAACGGAGAGAUCUAAUUGUCACUGCAGAAGUUUCACCAGACUUGGAUGCAGAAUCUAAAGCCAUUGACAGUGAGGUAAAAGCAGAGGUAGUACCAUCAGUAACAGUAAAGGUAACAGUACAAAGCAGGGUGACUGCACAGAAACCAAACCUGUCAGUGUGUGUACAAGCUCCAUUAGCAGUGACCUGUGACCAGUUCAUCUUUAAUGAUUUCGAACCAGAUUCAUCUGAAACCGUGGUCCUGUCUGUCUUUUUGAAGGGGAAUUGUCCUCCAUCAGAACUAGAAGGAAAUUGUGUGGUUUCAUGUAGUACACCAACAGAACUCAAUCCUGAAGGAAUACCAAAAGUUGCCCAGUGUAAAUUCAAGCUGCCUUUGCGAUUAAUCUGCUUUCCAGCUCAACCUUCAAAAUCAGCAAAUCACAAGAUAACUAUUGAUACCAAUAAACCUCCCAUCAGUUUUCUCACCAUUUUUCCAGACUUUGCUGAUCCAUCUGAGGAUGACCAGGCAAAUGUUCUGGGUUUUCAGUUCCUAACGGGUUCAAAAAUCACUCUUCUUGCUUCAAAAACAUCACAACGAUAUAGGAUCCAGAGUGAUCAGUUAGAAGACCUUUGGCUAAUAACAAAAGAGCUCACUCUUCGACUGGAAGAACAUUUCAAAAAGCAAAAUUGCAAAGACUUUGCGUGUACCUUUUCAGGUUCAAUUCCCCUGCAAGAAUACUUUGAACUAAUUGAUCGACAUUUUGAGCUGCGCUUGAAUGCAGAAAAAUUUCGUGAGCUGUUAUCUGAGAGGGCUGUACAAUUUAGAGCUAUCGAGAGACGAUUGCUGACACGAUUCAAAGACAAAACUCCUGCUCCUCUUCAACAUCUGGACACCUUGCUAGAGGGAACAUUCAGAGAGGUAAUAGCUCUAGCAGAUGCAGCAGAAAAAAAUCAAGCCAAUAUGUUCCAGGCAUUCACAAAGUUGAAAAGUGCCACCCAUCUGGUGAUUAUGCUGAUCAGUCUGUGGCAGAAACUCAAUGCUGACCAAAUUGCUAUUAUGGAAGCUGCAUUUUUGCCAUUAGCAGAAGAUACACAAGAGCUGGGUUGGGAAGAAACUGUGGAUUCUGCUAUUUCUUCCUUGCUAAGAACUUGCUUGUCCAAGAGCUCUAAGGAACAGGCACUGACUCUUGGUGGCCAGUUGAGCAUGCCCAAAGAUACCAGCAGACUUAAGAAGAAUAUCAGCCUGUUCUGUGAUAGACUGGCCAAAGGUGGUCGCCUUUCCUUAAGUACAGAGUCAGCCACUCAGCAAGUUGCUGUUGUGCCAGGUGGCUGUUCUACAAUUCCAGAGUCUGACUUGGAGGAAAGAGUAGUUGUACCAGGCUCCACAGCAACAUUUACUAAUCACAAGCAUGCCGCAAAGCAGAAAUCCAAGCCUGUAAGAAUUGACUGCCAUCUGCCAGUUAGUGCUGCAAUACAGAGGGAGCCUAGAAUAUCUGCCACUGAGCUGUCUGGAAAUUCUAAUUGCUACAAGUUUAAGAGCCAAGGGAGCUACUUAAACCAUAAGGUUUGUCUGAGGAUGCAGUAGAGGAAGAAGAAAAGCCAUGAAACAUGAAGAUGACCUUCAGGAGGAAUUUCUGUCUGAUAUCAAAUGCAUUUAUAAGGCAGCAGUACCGAUCCUUUUUAUUCUGUCCUGAUUGCAGCCUCCAGAAAGAGAGGACUGUGCCAAUUUAUAUGAAAAAGUUCCAUUCUAAUCAUUUUGGUUGGGUCUUCCUGCCAACUGCUAGCAUCCUUUCUGUGAGCAAAGCCUAUGCACUUACCCAACUGUGGUAGGGAUGUUGUGUUAUGUUUUGUGAUACAUCAGCCCUUCUAAGGAUUCUGUUGAUUGAUCAAAGACUGUUUACAGAUAGUUAAAAGCAACCUUUGUUUCAGGAUAUGUUUUAUCUGUUUUUUAAGAUAUUCUGAACUAUACAUUUGUUAUAUCACAGCUUUGACAAAAGAUAACUAUCUCCUUUUCUCCUGUACUAACAUUCACAAUUCCAGACAGCUGAAUUCACCACAAGAAGAAAAACUGGUAAUCCAUCAACUACCCACCCUCCCCACCCUGCGCCCCGUCUCUCAUUGCUUAUAUAGACUCCUGCUCUCAAGAGAUACAGAGUAAAAUAUGGCUACUGGACAUAAAGGGCAAACCCUUUUGCCAUUAACUAUGUCACUAUGAACAUGAAUAAAGUUUACACUGUAAGUACCCUGAGCACAGCAACAGAUGGAUCUUUUUAUGGUUACCUGUGAUUUCUGUUUUUCCUGUCAGUCAGCCUGUUCUAGUUAUGGGUAAGAGUUUCAAAAGUAACUAGCAAUUUUUGAGUGCCUUAAUUUUUAUGAAUCCAGUUGGAGGGGGCUUAGUUGGUUCAGUUUUUAGAAAGUGCUGAAUAUUUACCGUCUGAAAGUCAGGUCCACCCAAGGUGCCUGCGAUGAGACAACAACUGAGACAACCCAAACACCUUGGCAAACUGUGGCAUAGGGUUUGGAAGUGUCAAGAUUAUAUCUGAGUUCUUAAGAGUGAUCUGAGUGCAGUAUCAGUAAAAGAUAUUUGAAACUGAAGAUAACUGAUACAUGGGUUAAGAGUAAAGACAGCUGAACAAGUUCUCUCUUGGUUGUUAGUGGUUCAUAAAAAAUCAGAAGCAAUUUUUUAAAUUUUUUUUUGGAUUGCAAAUACAGAAAAUAUAGUGCACCCCAACAUAAUUUCUCAGGGAUUAAAUUGGAUGAACUAUCUGCACAUCCCACUUUCAUCUUGGUUUCACCAACUCCUAUUCUAGCCAUAGUAAAGGUCCUUCCAACUCACAUUUGUGCUCUUUUGGCAGGGUUGUCGACAGUUUCUGUGGUCUGUGCCAGACUUGAUCUGUGGAUAAAAAGGAGACAUUUUUCACGAUCUCUUAAGCCAACAACUUUCAUCAGCUCCAUGUUUACUUUCAAACUCUUUGUAUCCACCCCCAAAAACUAAACCAGUUUGCACCAAUUGUGCAUCUGCUUCUUAGCCCUUUGAUCCUGGUCUGGCUCAGUAAACUUGAUAUAAUCAUGUUUCAUGGAGCCCUUUUCAACAUUAAAUGGAGCCAGGUGACCAGGGAACUGGGUAUGGCUUCUGAUACCACUAGGACUGAAGUGAGCAGGGGUUGCCGAUAAAAAUGACUCUGUCCCUCAGGAGACCUCAGAUACCUGUAAGCUGUGGUGCACAAAAUCUUGCCUCUUUCCCAGGAAGGAAAAAUCCUACCCCCUGCUUGUUAUGGAGGGAUUCUGCUGGCUGAGUUUUCUUCACUCUGAUCCCUCCCCCAUGGUUUUUGUCAGGAGGGCAGUAUCUAACCCAUUGUAAAUGUAUCCUGCUGUGUUGUGAAAAUUACACAAUAAAAUAAUCUCCUGUAGUCUCUGUACACACCUCAAUGACCAAGGAAAAUCCAUGGAGAACUAAUCAAUUACUGUAGCUAUUAGGCUUAAACUUUAACUAUAGAUCUCAAAUCUUCUUUUGUUCUCUUGUCAGUGGCUACUAGGUAAUCUAGAAAAAUCCACUGCUGUCUACUUUUUUUUUUCCCCAUGCCAUAGAACAGCCAUUAUGUUGUAGAAUCCUGGACCAAAGAAUCCUAAGCUAUAUGUGUAUAAUAUUACCUGGAGAACACACUACUGCGAGACUUUCGUGAAAUAUAUUACUCUGUCAUUAUUAUUAUUAUUGAAUGUGAUCCCAAUGCUCAGAGCUGCCUGGCUUCAUUGGGAGCUUAGGGUAAACAAAUAGGCACUGAGGUCAAUUAUUUCAUAUGCUUUUAUUUAUUUUUUAUCAUUUUAAUAUGUAAGGCUCAGAAGCACUCUUAUUUGUCUUUUCUGCUCCAUGCUUUGUAAAAUGAGGUCACAUGAGACUCCUUCUACAGAAAAGGAAAAACAUGGUGGUAAUAAAGACAAAAAAAGAAAGCUAGAACUGUCUAUAAUAGUAAUGUGACCUCUUUGUAUAUUGUACUAAAUUGUGAUAUUUGAUAGUAUCAUCAGGAUUUAAGAGAGAAAUAAAGUUGCUUUGAGUAAAAAUUACUUGAUUUCCCCAAAUGCCAAAUAGUCCAGCUAAUUCAGAGGAAGGAAGUCGUUGAAAUGUAGUCAUUUACACAGCAGGCUAAGAGAAAAUAUUGUAAAGUAAUUCUUAGCAGAUCUCAAAUGUAGUUUGAAUUUUUAAGAAAGUUCUUUUUGGCUGGAAAAAAAAUCAGGCCAGUUACAGGAAGUUUUGGAGUUAGAGAGUUGACCAACUGAAAAGUGUCAGGAAACAUUGCUAGGUGAGGAGGACAAAAUGUUGGGUUCUCAUUGACAAUGUUUCUGAGGCCAAGAAGGACAUUGCUGAGUAGUCAAAUGAUUCUGAACAGGAUUUUAGAGUAUGCCUGAUCAGAUGUUCUGUUAAUUAUAAGGCUACAAUGUUUUCAAGUGAGGUGGAGUCAUUAAUAUAAAUGUCAUAUCUAGAAACUUAGUGAUUUAUUCUGCAGAAAAAUUACUCAUAUAAGAACUGUAUCUUUCUGAGCUUAAAUAUGCAGUCUGCUAGAAUAAAUAACUAUUUGAGGAGAAUUUAUAUUUUUAGUUGGCUCACAGAUAAAAAUAAAUUUUAAACGAUCAUUUUAUUAAAAUCAAUUUUGGAUACUUAUAUCUAAAGUGAAUUUUGUAACAUUUUGAAAACCGUACUGAGAGUCAUGGCAACUUUUUUAUUAUAUUUGUGCUGUAGCAUUUCGAAAUGCAUUUUCAAAAUUAAGUCAUAACAUAAAAUAUAUGCAUUUUAUUUCUGUUAAACAGGUAAAUAUUUUUUGUAUUAUUGUAUUAUUUCUGAUUGUUAUCGUCCAAGGGCUUUUCAUUCAUUUUGUUUUUUGUGCUGUAGCAAUUUAGAAAAACAGAUUAAAACAAUUACUGCUCUGAUGACAAAAAUCUGGAGAUUUGGUCUCUGAUGAUCUUUUGGGCUUUGAACACAAUGCUGAGUUCAAACCAGGGCUCUUCUUUGCAGCUCCAGGUUGAUUCUUCUGUCCAACUAUUAUUAAACUAUGAC